GGGCAACUGGGCAACAUUUCCAUUGCACAGGUUUUGAUAAAUCUCCCCCAAUAAGAUUUCAAGCCUCAUGGCUUCUGACUCCACAUGUGGUAACCGGAGGGAAUUCCUUGGCCAGUCAUCCUGAUAAAAGAGAAAUCCAGCACAUCUCAGCCAGCACCGGCCGGAUUCAUCAUUGCGACUUCGCCAACCAAAACCGAGCUCUGUUUACACUUCCGUCAUGGCGACCAUGAGGAUGAUCUACAAUACAAAGUAUAUUAGAAAGUUGCAGAAUUCCUGAAGUCCUAAUGCAAACAACCGUGCAGACAGAGCCAGCCAGGUCUUAUAGAAGGUAACCGACUCGAAAUAUCAAGAUGGAGGAGGAGGAUACCAGGGAACUUUUGCUACCCAACUGGCAAGGAAGUGGGACUAUGGGUCUCACCCUUGACCAAAAUGAAGAAGGAGUUUUUGUUAAAAAGCUAGUGCAGAACUCACCAGCUGCCAAGACCGGAGUUGUUCAUGAAGGUGACCAGAUUGUUGGUGCAACUGUCUACUUUGACAACAUGUCAUCGGAGGAUAUUGAAAAGUUAUUGGCAAACGUAGGGCAGCACACCGUGGGCCUCAAGCUACAGAGGAAAGGGGAUCGAUCCCCUCAGCCCGGUGUCACCUACUCACAUGAUGUCUUCAGCCUAAAAAGUCCUGAUAUUGUUCUGAGUGGAGACGAUGCAGAGUACAGACGAAUCUACGCAAAAAAGAUUAAGCCGCGUCUGAAGUCUGAUGAGACUCUAGAACCAGAGACCCAGACAAGGACCAUCACGGUUACCCGGAAAGUCACUGCUUAUACUGUGGAUGUGACAGGAUCAAAAGACUCAAAAGAGAUUGAUAUAAGUAGCCCUGAAUACAAGCUCAAGAUACCCCGUCAUGAACUAACUGAGAUUUCAAAGACCAGUGUAGGAACAGAGGAAGGUAAAACCGUCAUCCGAAUUCCUGGUUUUGAUGCGUCUGGGAAAAGCUUGCAGACAAGUGGAGAAUACAAUGUUCACACCACCACUAUGAGAUAUUCAGGACAGGGUGGGACAUUGGAAUUUCCUGAAGGUGAAUAUGAUGCCAAUGCUCAGGUCAGUAGUCAAGCCUCUGUAGGCAUGCACAUGCCUGAUGUAAGCGUCUCUGGACCAAAAUUCCAGAGUUAUGAAAAGAAAAUUGAUGUCAAAAUGUCCAGAUUUGGAGGAGAACAUGAUAUCGGAGUGAAGGACAUUGGGCUGAAAAUAAAAACACCGGAAUAUGAUACUUCAGCAAGUCAUGGGACCACUUCAGUUACUUCUACAGUUGGCUUCCAGUCAUCUGUUACAACAUCAAAGGGGUCCCACUUGGAUGUCAAGAAGCCUGGGGGUCUGCAAAUCGAAAGCUCAUCUACAAAUGUUAGACUACCAAAAACCGAUUUAAACAUUUCUUCAACACCGUCCCGGUUUAUUAAUGUGACUGGAGACAUCCAUGCACCUAAAGUAGACUUACACAGUGCUGGUGCCCAUGUGGACAUUACUCCUGGAUUUGAAGGAAGAGUAAACCUAACAGGACAGACGGUGAAUUUAAAAGGAACUAAUACAGAGCUUGAAAACUCUUCAGGAAACAUACAUAUUCCAUCAUUUAAAAUGCCAAAAUUUGGUGUCUCAGAAACAAGCAAAGAGAUUACUCCACCUGACUUGACACUUAAAGGAACAACAGAGGGUAAAAGCGAGACAUGGGGCGUUAAUGUAGCAAAAAUGUCUAUGCCCGGUGUAAGUAUAGAUACUAAAGGUUCUAGUAGGAGGCUGGAGACUGGGAUUUCAGGUGUUGGACUUGAACAUGAUGUAAAACUUGGUGUUAAGAGUCCAGAGGUUAACAUUGCUUCUAAAAGUGUGGAGAUUUCGAAAGUGUCCAUUGAGGGUCAGCAGGGGAAUGUAGGUAUUGCAGAUGUAGAAGGAAGACUGAAAAUGCCAAAGUUUAAUAUGCCUAAAUUUGGUGUGUCAGACUCUAAAGCAGAAGGUGGGAUUAAUCUAUCAUACCCCCAAGCUGAUAUUGCAAGUAGAGGUGGCAUUCAUGUGAAAGGUCCUAAUGUUGAUUUAAAAGCUCCAUCAGUGCAACUUCCAAAAUCUGAAGCUGAUCUUAAAGGUCCUAGAUUAGAAGGAAAUAUUAAAGUACCAGAAGUUGACCUAGUAGCCCCAAAAAUUGAUGUAGGAGACACAGAAGGUACAUUUAAUGUGCCUAAAUUCAAAAUGCCAAAGUUUGGUAUGUCAAAUGUUGAAAUGCCACAUGUUGAUGUUACCCUACCCAAAGGAGAUGUAAGUGCCAUUGAUGCCAAGAUGGAUGUUAGUGGUUCUAAGCUUAAUACACAAUCUGUUAAUGUCAACUUACCGAACACUACUAUGCCUGAGGUUGAUUAUAGCCUUAAAGGUCCUAAAGUGGAUGGAGACUGGAAAGCGCCCAAACUUAACAUUAAGGGUCCAGAGGUUGACCUUCAGGCCCCAGACAUAGAUCUAGAAGGGAAAGUAAAAGGUCCAAAAUUCAAAAUACCUUCAGCAGAUCUUCCAAAAAUGUCUAUCCCUGAUGCUAAUCUCGGUCUUAAAGGCACUAAGCUUGGAAGUGGUUUGCAGGGUCCCAAAGUUAAUAUAAAAUCAUCAGAAAUUGACAUUGAAGCCCCAGAUUUAGUUGGAAAGGUAAAUGAUUUCAAAAUAAAGGCUCCAUCAGUUCAGCUUCCAACGGUGUCUUUGCCUGAUACUGAUCUCAGUCUAAAAGGUCCAAAACAUGACUUACAAGGUUCUAAUCUUGACAUGAAAGUCCCAGAAGCAAAUGUUAAGACUCCAGAGAUAGAUCUACAGAUGCCAGAUAUCAGUCUUAAUGAUGCAGAAGGAAAACUUAAAAUGCCUAAAUUUCAAAUGCCAAAGUUCGGUAUUUCUAAACCAAAACUGGAAGGUCCAGAUGUAAGUCUCCCUACUGGAAAUAUUGAUAUAUCUGGUCCAAAUGUAAAUAUUAGUGUCCCAGAAAGUAGAGUGAAAGGCCCUAAAUUUAAUGUGCAGACCCCAGAUAUUAGGUUACCAACCGUAUCUGUGCCAGAUGUAGAUCUAAAUCUAAAAGGUCCUAAACUGGAAGGCGGUAUAAAAGGUCCCACAGUUGACAUUAAAGGUCCAGAAAUGGACCUUGAGGCUCCAGUAAUAGAUAUUGACACCAAAGGAUCCAAAUUCAAGAUGCCCUCAGUUAAGCUUCCAAAAAUGUCUAUGCCUGAUGUUGAUCUAAACCUGAAGGGUCCAAAACUAGAAGGUGAUUUGAAAGGUGAAAUUAAGUGUCCAGAAUUAGAUGUUAAAGCUCCAGAAGUUGACCUAGAAGCACCAGAUAUAAAUCUGAAAGGUGCAGAAGGAAAGCUUAAAAUGCCUAAAUUUAAAAUGCCCAAGUUUGGAUUGUCUGGUUCCAAAGUGGAGGGGAAUUUAAAAGGUCCAGAAAUUGAUAUCAACACACCUGAGGUUGAACUUGCUGUUCCAGAUGUAGAUUUGGAGGGAAAGGGUAAAAUAAAAGCUCCCAAAUUUAACAUGCCAAAAUUUGGCUUUUCUGGUUUUAAAGCAGAAGGUUCAGACAUUAAACUGCCUAAAGGAGACAUUGAAUUAAGUGGUCCUCAUGUAGAUGCUGAAAUUUCAGUACCAAAAAUUGAAGGAGAGGUAAAAGGUCUAGAUGCUAAUGUUGAGUUACCUGAAUUAGAUAUAAAAGGACCCGAGGGAAAAAUAAAAGGACCAAAAUUUAAGAUGCCAUCAAUGAAUAUUAAUAUGCCAAAGGUUUCUAUGCCUGAUGUUGACUUAAAUUUGAAAGGUCCCAAGUGGAGAGGAGAUGCUGAAAUUGCAGGCCCUAAAUUAGAAGGUCCAGAACUAGAUCUUAAAACAACUGAUAUUAAGGCACCAGAAGUUCACCUUGAGACUCCAGAUUUAGACAUUGAUGGCAAAGUAAAAGGUCCAAAAUUCAAGAUGCCUUCAGAAAAUCUUCCAAAAAUGUCAAUGCCAGAUUUUAAUGUUAAUCUGAAAGGUUCUAAAGUUGAAGGAGAUCUAAAAGGCCCCAAAGUUUACAUUAAAGCACCAGAGGUAGACCUUGAAGCCCCGGAUAUAGACAUUGAUGGCAAAGUAAAAGGUCCAAAAUUCAGUAAAUCUUCAGUAAAUCUUCCAAAAAUGUCCAUGCCAGAUUUUGACAUUAAUCUGAAAGGUCCUAAAGUUGAAGGAGAUCUAAAAUGCCCCAAAGUUGACAUUAAAGCGCCAGAGGUAGACCUAGAAGCCCCGGAUGUAGACAUUCAUGGCAAAGUAAAAGGUCCAAAGUUCCAGAUGCCUUCAGUAAAUCUUCCAAAAAUGUCCAUGCCGGAUAUUGAUUUAAACUUGAAAGGAGAUGUGAAAGGUCCUAAAGUUGACAUAAAGGCACCAGAGGCUGAUAUUGCUGGUCCAGGUUUAGAGCUCCAUGGUCAAGAAGGAAAAUUUAAAAUGCCUAAAUUUAAAAUGCCAAAGUUUGGUAUUUCAGGACCAAAUAUUGAAGCUCCUGAAGGGGAUAUUAGUCUUCCCAAAGCUGAACUUGAUCUGUCUGGGCCAGAUAUAGAUGUUGAAACACCUGAAGUUAAGGUAAAGGGUUCAAAAUUUAAGAUGCCCUCAAUUAAUUUUAAUCUACCAAAAAUGUCUAAGCCGGAUGUUGAUCUGAGUAUGAAAGGUCCUAAGAUGGAAGGAGAGCUAAAAGGCCCUAAUGUUGACAUUAUGGCUCCUGGAGUGGAUUUUGAAACCCCUGAUGUAGACAUUGAUGGCAAAGUCAAAGGUCCAAAGUUCAAGAAGCCUUCAGUUAAUUUUCCAAAAAUGUCCAUGCCUGAUGUUGAUUUGAAUAUUAAAGGCCCAAAUUGGAAAGGAGGAGCAGAUAUUUCCUUACCGAAAGCAGAAGGAGAGGUAAAGGGUCUUGACGUUGACAUAAAGGGUCCAGAGUUUGAUGUAGAGAGUCCAGAAGGAAACGUAAAAAUUCCCAAGUUUAAAAUGCCUAAGUUUGGGUUUUCAGGACCCAGCGUUGAAUCUCCUGAACUGGAUGUUAAUAUUCCUAAAGCUGACCUUGACUUGUCUGGGCCAGAAUUAGAUGUUGCUGCGUCUGAUAUUAAAGUAAAAGGUUCCAAAUUUAAAAUGCCCUCAAUGAAUUUUAAUAUGCCCAAAUUUUCUAAACCUGAUUUUAGUAUUAAAGGUCCUAAGAUUGAAGGAGAUCUAACGGGCCCCAAAGUUGACAUUAAGGCACCAGAAGUAGACCUUGAAGCACCAGACGUAGACAUUGAUGGCAAAGUAAAAGGUUCAAAAUUCCAGAUGUCCUCUGUAAAUUUUCCAAAAAUGUCCAUGCCAGAUUUUGACAUUAAUCUGAAAGGUCCAAAAGUUGAGGGGGACCUUAAAGGCCCUAAAGUUGACAUUAAGGUGCCAGAAGUAGACUUAGAAGCCACAGAUGUAGACAUUGAUGGCAAAGUAAAAGGUCCAAAAUUCAAGAUGCCUUCAGUAAAUCCUCCAAAAAUGUCCAUGCCAGAUUUUGACAUUAAUCUCAAAGGUCCUAAGGUUGAAGGAGAUCUAAAAGGCCCCAAAGUUGACAUUAAAGCACCAGAGGUAGAUCUAGAAGCUCCAGAUGCAAACAUUGAUUGCAAAGUAAAAGGUUCAAAGUUCAAGAUGCCUUCAGUAAAUUUUCCAAAUAUGUCUAUGCCAGAUUUUGACAUUAAUCUAAAGGGUCCUAAAAUUGAAGGGGAUGUGAAAGGCCCAAAAGUUGACAUUAAGGCACCAGAGGUAGAUCUAGAAGGACCAGAUGUAGACAUUGAUUGCAAAGUAAAAGGUCCAAAGUUUCAGAUGCCUUCAGUAAAGCUUCCAAAAAUGUCCAUGCCAGAUUUUGAUAUGAAUUUGAAAGGCCCCAAAAUAGGAGGAGACGUGAAAGGUCCUAAAGUUGAAGGAGAUCUAAAAGGCCCUAAAGUCGACAUUAAGGCACCAGAUGUAGACCUUGAUGGCAAAGUAAAAGGCCCAAAGUUCCAGAUGCCUUCAGUAGAUCUUCCAAAAAUGUCCUUGCCAGAUUUUGAUUUGAAUUUGAAAGGCCCCAAAAUAGGAGGAGACGUGAAAGGUCCUAAAGUUGACAUAAAGGCACCAGAGUUAGACCUAGAAGCACCAGAUAUAGACCUUGAUGGCAAAGUAAAAGGUUCAAAGUUCCAGAUGCCUUCAGUAAAGCUUCCAAAAAUGUCCAUGCCAGAUUUUGACAUUAAUCUAAAAGGUCCUAAAGUUGAAGGAGAUCUAAAAGGCCCUAAAGUCGACAUUAAGGCACCAGAUGUAGACCUUGAUGGCAAAGUAAAAGGCCCAAAGUUCCAGAUGCCUUCAGUAGAUCUUCCAAAAAUGUCCAUGCCAGAUUUUGAUUUGAAUUUGAAAGGCCCCAAAAUAGGAGGAGACGUGAAAGGUCCUAAAGUUGACAUAAAGGCACCAGAGUUAGACCUAGAAGCACCAGAUAUAGACCUUGAUGGCAAAGUAAAAGGUUCAAAGUUCCAGAUGCCUUCAGUAAAGCUUCCAAAAAUGUCCAUGCCAGAUUUUGACAUUAAUCUAAAAGGUCCUAAAGUUGAAGGAGAUCUAAAAGGCCCUAAAGUCGACAUUAAGGCACCAGAUGUAGACCUUGAUGGCAAAGUAAAAGGCCCAAAGUUCCAGAUGCCUUCAGUAGAUCUUCCAAAAAUGUCCAUGCCAGAUUUUGAUUUGAAUUUGAAAGGCCCCAAAAUAGGAGGAGACGUGAAAGGUCCUAAAGUUGACAUAAAGGCACCAGAGUUAGACCUAGAAGCACCAGAUAUAGACCUUGAUGGCAAAGUAAAAGGUUCAAAGUUCCAGAUGCCUUCAGUAAAGCUUCCAAAAAUGUCCAUGCCAGAUUUUGACAUUAAUCUAAAAGGUCCUAAAGUUGAAGGAGAUCUAAAAGGCCCUAAAGUCGACAUUAAGGCACCAGAUGUAGACCUUGAUGGCAAAGUAAAAGGUCCCAAGUUCCAGAUGCCUUCAGUAGAUCUUCCAAAAAUGUCCAUGCCAGAUUUUGAUUUGAAUUUGAAAGGCCCCAAAAUAGGAGGAGACGUGAAAGGUCCUAAAGUUGACAUAAAGGCACCAGAGUUAGACCUAGAAGCACCAGAUAUAGACCUUGAUGGCAAAGUAAAAGGUUCAAAGUUCCAGAUGCCUUCAGUAAAGCUUCCAAAAAUGUCCAUGCCAGAUUUUGACAUUAAUCUAAAAGGUCCUAAAGUUGAAGGAGAUCUAAAAGGCCCUAAAGUCGACAUUAAGGCACCAGAUGUAGACCUUGAUGGCAAAGUAAAAGGUCCAAAGUUCCAGAUGCCUUCAGUAGAUCUUCCAAAAAUGUCCAUGCCAGAUUUUGAUUUGAAUUUGAAAGGCCCCAAAAUAGGAGGAGACGUGAAAGGUCCUAUAGUUGACAUAAAGGCACCAGAGUUAGACCUUGAAGCACCAGAUAUAGACCUUGAUGGCAAAGUAAAAGGUUCAAAGUUCCAGAUGCCUUCAGUAAAGCUUCCAAAAAUGUCCAUGCCAGAUUUUGACAUUAAUCUAAAAGGUCCUAAAGUUGAAGGAGAUCUAAAAGGCCCUAAAGUCGACAUUAAGGCACCAGAUGUAGACCUUGAUGGCAAAGUAAAAGGUCCAAAGUUCCAGAUGCCUUCAGUAGAUCUUCCAAAAAUGUCCAUGCCAGAUUUUGAUUUGAAUUUGAAAGGCCCCAAAAUAGGAGGAGACGUGAAAGGUCCUAAAGUUGACAUAAAGGCACCAGAGUUAGACCUUGAAGCACCAGAUAUAGACCUUGAUGGCAAAGUAAAAGGUUCAAAGUUCCAGAUGCCUUCAGUAAAGCUUCCAAAAAUGUCCAUGCCAGAUUUUGACAUUAAUCUAAAAGGUCCUAAAGUUGACAUUAAGGCACCAGAUGUAGACCUUGAUGGCAAAGUAAAAGGUCCAAAGUUCCAGAUGCCUUCAGUAAAUCUUCCAAAAAUGUCCAUGCCUGAUGUUGAUUUGAAUUUGAAAGGUCCAAACUGGAAAGGAAAAGCUGAUUAUACAGUAUCCAAAGUAGAAGGAGAGUUAAAAGGUCCAGAGUUGGAUAUAGGAAUGCCGGAUGUUGAUGCUGAAGGUCCAGAAGGAAAACUAAAAAUGCCCAAAUUUAAAAUGCCAAAGUUUGGUUUCUCUGGGCCAAAUGUUGAAGGCACUGGUGAAAUUAACCUACCAAAAGCUGAUCUUGAUGUAUCUGGACCAGAUAUGGAAUUUGACAGCCCUGACAGUAAAGUGAAAGGUCCAAAAUUUAAGAUGCCCUCAAUGAAUAUGAAUUUACAUAAAAUGUCUAUGCCAGAUGUUGACCUAAAUAUAAAAGGCCCUAAGUGGAAGAGUGGGGAGGCAGAUAUUUCUAGUCCAAACUUGGAUGUAGACCUGAAAGGGCCAGCCAUUGAUGUAAAAGCUCCAGAGAUAGAUAUUGAGGGUCCGGAAGGCAAACUUAAAGGUCCUAAAAUGAAGAUGCCUUCAUUGGAUAUUAACAUGCCAAAGAUUUCUAUUCCGGAUAUUGAUCUUAAUUUGAAAGGACCGAAGUUAAAAGCAGGAGCUGAUAUUGAAGGGGGUGAUAUUAAACUUCCAAAACUUGAGGGAGACUUAAAAGGUUCAGAUUUUGACCUUGAAGUACCCAGUGGUAAUCUAGAAGGACCUGAGGGAAAACUGAAAAUGCCAAAAUUUAAAAUGCCUAAGUUUGGCUUUUCUGGCCCCUCUGCAGAGAUGCCUGACAUAGAUGUCAAUGUAAAAGGACCCAAACUAAAAGGGGGAAUAGACGGACCUGAUGCAAAGAUAGAAGCUGAUAUAAAAGAUCCAAAAAUUGAAAUUAAAGGUCCUGAGUUAGAAGUUCCAAGUCCUUCAUUAUCUGUUGAGUUACCAGAGGGUAAAGUUAAAGGCUCUAAAUUUAAGAUGCCAUCAUGGGGAUUUUCAAAACCAAGUGUAUCCAUGCCAGAUCUAGAUCUUAAUCUGAAAGGGCCAAAGGUUAAAGGUGACCUAGAUGUUACAGCAAAGGGAGGAAGUCUUAAACGACCAGAAAUAGGAGUUGGGUUGCCUGACGUAGACAUUGAUGUACCUGAGGCAAAGGUUAAAAAAUCUAGAUUUAGACUUCCAAAAUUUAACUUUUCAGGGAGCAAAUCAGCUAGUGUUGACAUGAAGGUUCCAAAAACUGACAUUGAUGUUAGCGGACCUGAUGUAGACAUUCCUAAUUUGGAAGCAAAGGGUAAAUCUCCAAAAUUUAAAAUGCCAUCAUUAACUAUUACAAGUCCUAAAGUGUCAGUACCAGAUGUCGAAUUAAAUAUGAAAGGACCUAAAUUUGAAGGCGAUUUGAAAGGGCCUAAAAUUGAUGUAAACAGCCCUGAUAUUGAGGCAGAUAUAGAUGUUGAUGGAAAAGUUAAAGGUCCCAAAUUUAAGAUGCAUCUUCCAAAAAUGUCCAUGCCUGAUGUUGAUCUUAAUCUGAAAGGUCCUAAACUUGAAGGAGAUUUGAAAGGUCCCAAUGUUGACAAAAAAGGUCCUGAGUUGGAUGUUGAAGGUCCAGGCCUAGAAUUAGGGCCACCAGAUGUCCAUUUGGGCUCAGAAGGAAAGUUUAAAAUGCCUAAAUUUAAAAUGCCCAAAUUUGGUAUGUCAGGACCAAAGGUGGAAGGACCAGAUAUAGAUGUUAGCCUACCCAAAGGAGAAUUUGAUAUAUCUGGUCCAAAUGUAGAUAUACAGGCCCCUGAGGUUGAUAUUGAGGGCCCAGAAGGGAAGUUGAAAGGUCCAAAUUUUAAGAUGCCAUCCAUGAUUAUCAAUAUGCCAAAAGUAUCCAUGCCAGAUUUUGAUUUAAAUUUAAAAGGUCCAAAAAUUGAGGGAGAUUUGAAAGGCCCCAAAGUCGAUAUCAAAGGUCCCAAAGUGGACCUUGAUGCUCCAGAAAUAGAUGUUGAUGGAAAAGUCAAAGGUCCUAAGUUCAAAAUGCCAUCAAUGAAUCUUUCAAAAAUGUCCAUGCCUGAUGUUGACCUCAAUCUGAAAGGCCCUAAACUUGGAGGAGAUUUGAAAGGUCCCAGUGUUGACAUGAAAGGCCCAGAAUUGAAUGUUGAAGGUCCUAGCCUUGAAAUGGGGGCACCAGAUAUCAAUUUAAAAGACCCAGAAGGAAGGAUUAAAAUGCCCAAAUUUAAAAUGCCCAAAUUUGGUAUGUCAGGGCCAAAACUAGAAGGGCCAGAUAUAGAUGUCAGCUUACCUAAAGGAGAAGUUGAUAUAUCUGGUCCGAAUGUAGAUAUUCAGGCCCCUCAGAUUGACAUUGAGGGCCCAGAGGGGAAGUUAAAAGGCCCGAAUUUUAAGAUGCCAUCAAUAAACUUUAAUUUACCAAAAGUAUCCAUGCCUGACUUUGACUUAAAUCUGAAAGGUCCUAAAGUUGAGGGAGAUUUGAAAGGCCCCAAAGUUGAUAUCAAAGGCCCAGAAGUUGACCUUGAUGCUCCUGAAAUAGAUGUUGAUGGAAAAGUCAAAGGUUCCAGGUUUAAAAUGCCAUCAAUGAAUCUUUCAAAAAUGUCCAUGCCUGAUGUCGAUCUCAAUCUUAAAGGUCCUAAAUUUGAAGGAGAUUUGAAAGGUCCCAGUGUAGAUGUUGAAUGCCCUAGCAUUGAAUUAGGUGCACCAGAUAUCAACGUGAAAGAUCCAGAAGGAAAGUUUAAAAUGCCCAAGUUUAAAAUGCCUAAAUUUGGUAUGUCAGGGCCAAAACUAGAAGGACCAGAUAUAGAUGUUAGCCUACCCAAAGGAGACUUUGAUGUAUCUGGUCCAAAUGUAGAUGUACAGGCCCCUGAGAUUGAUUUUGAGGGCCCAGAAGGGAAGUUUAAAGGUCCAAAUUUUAAGAUGCCAUCAAUGAGUAUGAAUUUACCAAAAGUAUCCAUGCCUGACUUUGACUUAAAUCUGAAAGGUCCUAAAGUUGAGGGAGAUUUGAAAGGCCCCAAAGUUGAUAUCAAAGGUCCAGAAGUUGACCUUGAUGCUCCUGAAAUAGAUGUUGAUGGAAAAGUCAAAGGUCCCAAGUUCAAAAUGCCAUCAAUGAAUCUUUCAAAAAUGUCCAUGCCUGAUGUCGAUCUCAAUCUGAAAGGUCCUAAAUUUGAAGGAGACUUAAAAGGUCCCAAUGUUGACAUAAAAGGUCCUAAAGUGGACUUUGAAGGUCCUGACUUUGAAUUAGAGACACCAGAUAUCAAUUUGAAGGGCUCAGAAGGAAGAUUUAAAAUGCCAAAAUUUAAAAUGCCAAAAUUUGGUAUGUCAGGUCCAAAAGUUGAAGGACCAGAUGUAGAUGUUAGCUUACCCAAAGGAGACUUUGAUAUAUCUGGUCCAAAUGUAGAUCUAAAGGCCCCUGAGAUUGAUAUUGAGGGCCCAGAAGGGAAGUUGAAAGGUCCAAAUUUUAGGAUGCCAUCAAUGAAUAUGAAUUUACCAAAAGUAUCCAUGCCUGACUUUGACUUAAAUCUGAAAGGCCCAAAAGUUGAGGGAGAUUUGAAAGGCCCCAAAGUUGAUAUCAAAGGCCCAGAAGUUGAUCUUGAGGCUCCUGACAUUGACAUUGAUGGAAAAGUCAAAGGUUCCAGGUUUAAAAUGCCAUCAAUGAAUCUUUCAAAAAUGUCCAUGCCUGAUGUCGAUCUCAAUCUUAAAGGUCCUAAAUUUGAAGGAGAUUUGAAAGGUCCCAGUGUAGAUGUUGAAUGCCCUAGCAUUGAAUUAGGUGCACCAGAUAUCAACGUGAAAGAUCCAGAAGGAAAGUUUAAAAUGCCCAAGUUUAAAAUGCCUAAAUUUGGUAUGUCAGGGCCAAAACUAGAAGGACCAGAUAUAGAUGUUAGCCUACCCAAAGGAGACUUUGAUGUAUCUGGUCCAAAUGUAGAUGUACAGGCCCCUGAGAUUGAUUUUGAGGGCCCAGAAGGGAAGUUUAAAGGUCCAAAUUUUAAGAUGCCAUCAAUGAGUAUGAAUUUACCAAAAGUAUCCAUGCCUGACUUUGACUUAAAUCUGAAAGGUCCUAAAGUUGAGGGAGAUUUGAAAGGCCCCAAAGUUGAUAUCAAAGGUCCAGAAGUUGACCUUGAUGCUCCUGAAAUAGAUGUUGAUGGAAAAGUCAAAGGUCCCAAGUUCAAAAUGCCAUCAAUGAAUCUUUCAAAAAUGUCCAUGCCUGAUGUCGAUCUCAAUCUGAAAGGUCCUAAAUUUGAAGGAGACUUAAAAGGUCCCAAUGUUGACAUAAAAGGUCCUAAAGUGGACUUUGAAGGUCCUGACUUUGAAUUAGAGACACCAGAUAUCAAUUUGAAGGGCUCAGAAGGAAGAUUUAAAAUGCCAAAAUUUAAAAUGCCAAAAUUUGGUAUGUCAGGUCCAAAAGUUGAAGGACCAGAUGUAGAUGUUAGCUUACCCAAAGGAGACUUUGAUAUAUCUGGUCCAAAUGUAGAUCUAAAGGCCCCUGAGAUUGAUAUUGAGGGCCCAGAAGGGAAGUUGAAAGGUCCAAAUUUUAGGAUGCCAUCAAUGAAUAUGAAUUUACCAAAAGUAUCCAUGCCUGACUUUGACUUAAAUCUGAAAGGCCCAAAAGUUGAGGGAGAUUUGAAAGGCCCCAAAGUUGAUAUCAAAGGCCCAGAAGUUGAUCUUGAGGCUCCUGACAUUGACAUUGAUGGAAAAGUCAAAGGUUCCAGGUUUAAAAUGCCAUCAAUGAAUCUUUCAAAAAUGUCCAUGCCUGAUGUCGAUCUCAAUCUUAAAGGUCCUAAAUUUGAAGGAGAUUUGAAAGGUCCCAGUGUAGAUGUUGAAUGCCCUAGCAUUGAAUUAGGUGCACCAGAUAUCAACGUGAAAGAUCCAGAAGGAAAGUUUAAAAUGCCCAAGUUUAAAAUGCCUAAAUUUGGUAUGUCAGGGCCAAAACUAGAAGGACCAGAUAUAGAUGUUAGCCUACCCAAAGGAGACUUUGAUGUAUCUGGUCCAAAUGUAGAUGUACAGGCCCCUGAGAUUGAUUUUGAGGGCCCAGAAGGGAAGUUUAAAGGUCCAAAUUUUAAGAUGCCAUCAAUGAGUAUGAAUUUACCAAAAGUAUCCAUGCCUGACUUUGACUUAAAUCUGAAAGGUCCUAAAGUUGAGGGAGAUUUGAAAGGCCCCAAAGUUGAUAUCAAAGGUCCAGAAGUUGACCUUGAUGCUCCUGAAAUAGAUGUUGAUGGAAAAGUCAAAGGUCCCAAGUUCAAAAUGCCAUCAAUGAAUCUUUCAAAAAUGUCCAUGCCUGAUGUCGAUCUCAAUCUGAAAGGUCCUAAAUUUGAAGGAGACUUAAAAGGUCCCAAUGUUGACAUAAAAGGUCCUAAAGUGGACUUUGAAGGUCCUGACUUUGAAUUAGAGACACCAGAUAUCAAUUUGAAGGGCUCAGAAGGAAGAUUUAAAAUGCCAAAAUUUAAAAUGCCAAAAUUUGGUAUGUCAGGUCCAAAAGUUGAAGGACCAGAUGUAGAUGUUAGCUUACCCAAAGGAGACUUUGAUAUAUCUGGUCCAAAUGUAGAUCUAAAGGCCCCUGAGAUUGAUAUUGAGGGCCCAGAAGGGAAGUUGAAAGGUCCAAAUUUUAGGAUGCCAUCAAUGAAUAUGAAUUUACCAAAAGUAUCCAUGCCUGACUUUGACUUAAAUCUGAAAGGCCCAAAAGUUGAGGGAGAUUUGAAAGGCCCCAAAGUUGAUAUCAAAGGCCCAGAAGUUGAUCUUGAGGCUCCUGACAUUGACAUUGAUGGAAAAGUCAAAGGUUCCAGGUUUAAAAUGCCAUCAAUGAAUCUUUCAAAAAUGUCCAUGCCUGAUGUCGAUCUCAAUCUUAAAGGUCCUAAAUUUGAAGGAGAUUUGAAAGGUCCCAGUGUAGAUGUUGAAUGCCCUAGCAUUGAAUUAGGUGCACCAGAUAUCAACGUGAAAGAUCCAGAAGGAAAGUUUAAAAUGCCCAAGUUUAAAAUGCCUAAAUUUGGUAUGUCAGGGCCAAAACUAGAAGGACCAGAUAUAGAUGUUAGCCUACCCAAAGGAGACUUUGAUGUAUCUGGUCCAAAUGUAGAUGUACAGGCCCCUGAGAUUGAUUUUGAGGGCCCAGAAGGGAAGUUGAAAGGUCCAAAUUUUAAGAUGCCAUCAAUGAAUAUGAAUUUACCAAAAGUAUCCAUGCCAGACUUUGACUUAAAUCUCAAGGGUCCAAAAGUUGAUGGAGAGUUAAAAGGACCCAAAGUUGAUGUUAAGGGCCCAGGAGUUGACAUUGAGACACCAGAUUUAGAUGUUGAUGGAAAGAUUAAAGGAUCUAAAUUUAAGAUGCCUUCUCUGAACCUCCCAGAUGUAUCCAUGCCAGAAAUAAGUUUGAAAGGACCCAAAAUUAAAGGGGAUGCUGACCUUUCUGGUCCAAAACUAGGAGAUAUAAAUCUGAAAACUCCAAAUCUAAAAGGAGAUUUUGAUGUCACUGGACCAAAAUUAGAAGGUGAGCUAAAAAGCCCAGGAAUGGAUAUAGACAUUGACAUCCCUGAGGGUAAUGUGAAAAUGCCAAAAGUUAAGAAACCAAAGUUUGGUUUUGGCAUCAAGUCUCCUAAAGGGGAAUUGAAAGCCCCUUCUGUAGAUGUUGCUGUUCCCGAAGUAGAUUUUGAUUCAGAAAUGCCUGAAGUAAAUAUCAGUGGUAAGGGGAAAAAGGGUAAAUUUAAAAUGCCAAAAAUUCACAUGAGUGGCCCAAAAAUUAAAGGCAAAAAGGGUGGUUUUGAUGUAAGUGCACCUAAUAUCGACAAUGACAUAAAUCUUAAUGCACCUGAUGUUGAUUUAAAUGUGUCAGGUGGAGAUGCAGGAAUAAAGACAGAGGUUGGCUUAAAAGCACCUAAAACCCGAAAACCAUUAUUUGGAAAACUUUAUUUUCCUGAUGUGGAGUUUGAUAUUAAGUCUCCAAAAAGCCCCAAAGCUGAUAUAAAGACGCCAGAUUUAGAUAUUGGUGGUGGAGUAAAAUUGCCAGAAUCAAAUUUAUCAUCUUCAGGAGUAAGCAUUGAAGGUCCUGAUGUAAAAAUGAAAAAAUCUAAAUUUAAACUUCCAGGGUUCAGUAUGUCAGGUCCAAAGGUAGAUGUUCCAGAGGCAGAUCUUUCACUUUCUAAAGGAAAUAUUGAUCUAUCUGGCCCAAAAAUUGAUGUAGCAGCCCCCAGCCUAGAUGUCAAACCUGGUACAAUUAAUAUUAGCAGCGAGUUGCCCAAUCUUUCUGUUGACACCUCUGCACCCAAAAUUUCUGUUCCAGAUAUUGGCAUGAAUUUGCAAGGACCAAAAAUUAAAGCUGAUAAAGUAGGCUCUGUUAAUGUUGAUGUAAAUGCUCCCAAAAUAGACAUUUCUGGGUCAAGUGCAAAAGCUAAUCUGCCCGGAUUUGGUAUUUCAAGCUCCCUUGCAGGUGGAUCAGAUGUUAACUUUGAUACAAAAUUCAAAACCCCAAAGCUAGAUGCCAGCCUCCAAGGCCCUUCCAUUACUGCACCUGCAGCUGACAUCACUUUGCCAAAAGUAUCUGCGUCAGACAUUGAAAUGAGUUUUAAAGGACCAAAGAUUGAAGGAGAUUUUGGAAGUUCGGCUGGAGUUAAUUUGCCAGGUAUAAAUGUGAAAGGUAUUGACACUCAGGUAGGAUUGUCUGGUCCUCAAUGGCAAGGGCCCAAUGUUAAGUUACCUACAGGGGAAUUGUCUCUAAGUAGACCAGAAGCUGAGAUUUCUGGUAAAGCUGGAGUUUCAGACUUGCAUAUAAAAGGACCUUCAUUACAGACAUCAUCUGGAAGUAAAUUCUCUGUUCCCGGAAUUAAUGUUGGUGGACAAGGUGUAGAUCUGAAGGGAGACUUUUCAGGUGGUGCGGGCUACUUACAAGGGCCUGGUGGUCUAAGAAUAGCAGGGCCAAAAGUAGAGGGUGAUCUGACCGGUCCUAAAGUUGAAGGAGAAUGGAAUGUGAAACCAUUAAACAUAGAUCUAGAAAGCUCUCCUGGCAGAGUUACCUUUCCCAGACUUAUGAUGCCAAAAUUUACAGCUUCUGGACCUGAGCUGUCAGGGCGAGAGGUGGGAGUUGAUGUAGAUUUUCCUUCUGCAGAAGGGCAGUUUUCAAAGUCUGGUCAUGCAGGUGUGGAUUUAGAAGAAAGUGACAUAAAAAUUAAAAAGUCUAAAAUAAAAAUGCCCAAGUUGAACUUUAAAUCCAAAGGAAAAGGUGACGUUAGUCUCCCGGAUGUCUCAGUGUCUGGUUCAAAGGGUGAGCUUCACGGUUUAAAGGGCAGUUUGGGUUCUGGUGAUGUAGAACUGGAGUCUGGAGUUGAGGUGGAGAAACCGGCCAAGUACGAGUUUUCCUUGUUUACUAGCAAAAAGACAAGACAUAGAUCUUCCUCUUUAAGUGAGGAGAAGGAUGAGUCAACACACUCCUCACCAAGUGGCACAUUAGAAGCAGAAGCGUCAUUGUCUGCAGAGGGGGGUAAAAAGAAAGGCAAGCAAUCUAAGAUCAAAUUCGGCACAUUUGGUGGCUUGGGGUCUAAAUCAAAGGGGUCUUAUGAGGUCACAUUAAGUGAUGAUGAAAACGUCCAAGGAAGUGGGGCUUCUCUCUCUUCCCAUAAGUCCAGAGUGUCCUCAUCCUCAAGCAGUGAUAGUGCCACAAAAGCCGGUAUCCAGCUUCCAAAAGUGGAACUUACAGUUGCUAAAAAGAAAUAAUGAAACCCCUCUUUAAAUCUAGCAUGUAUAUAAAUAUAUAUAUCUGUGUGUUUGUACAUACAUUUUGCAGCCUUUAUAUAAUAAUUCUUUAAAUGAACAGUAGAGAUACAGAAAAAAUGAAAAAAUAAAGACCAGACAAAAAUGUCUUGGUUGUCUAAUAAAUUCCACGCACACAUUAACCCCUUCACUACUUAACCUAAUUUUACAUGUAAACAUGACUGGCAGUGAAUGGUUUAAUUGUCUGUUGGGAGUAUAAGAAUUUGUACAUGGAAAUAUAUUUUUCCAUAUUAUUUUUUUAACUUGCUUUUACAGUCUAUGUUUUUUUUUUUUUUCUUUUGUGGGGCUUUACAGAUAGAUGCAAACAGAUUUAUUAAGAAUUAAAACACUGUAAAUUUGCAUUGAGCCAGAUGGACAGCUGAAAGUUGGGAAAUUCUUAGAAACGCUAUAGUAACAAAAAAACGUAUGUAAAACUUUUAACAUUUGUACUACAAUUAUGGUUUUAACCAUUUUCUAGACUUCAAAUUUGCACAAAAAAGGUUUUUUAACAUGUCCUAUAUUUAUAAAUUUGGCAUUUGUCCAAAUAGGGAAAAUAAUUUUAACAGAUACAUUAUUUAAAGACAAGAUUUGACGUCUUGGUCAUCUUUUUUUGUUUUAAGAGUUUAAUCCCGAUUUUUAGCAUCCAAUGGUUCAAUGCCUUUUUUUUCCCAUCUGUACUAUAAGAAUUUCUUCUUCUAUUGUCAUACCUGAACUGCCGCUUGUAUUUUGUUGGACAUAAACAAGAUUUGCUUUCAUUUCUAGUAAAUAUAUGAUUUCAAAUAAACAGUUUAACUUCAGAAAUCUGUAAGCACUUCAUUAAGGAAUGUGUUACGGUGGAUUGUUUAAGUCAAAAUAAAGCUUCUAACCUUUAUAAAAAGUAA